UCAUUUUCUUGUCUUUGAUGGCUGUGGCGUUCUGUGCCCCUCAGAUGCCCAAGAAAGAGGAACCCGUUGAGAUGCAAGUCUUCGAGCCCUACAACUUCAAUUAUGCCGUCGACGACGACGAAAACACAGUCUAUGCUACCCGCCAGGAAGCCCAAGACUCACAGGGAGCCGUCCAGGGACAGGACUCGUGGGUAGCUCCUGACGGAAUCCGCUACACUGUCACUUACACUGCCGAUGCUAUCAAUGGAUUUCAGGCUGUCACCCGCACAGAACAGACAGGCAUCGAAGUCAAGAUCCCCCUCUACGUUUAUGCACCAGCAGAACCAGUCGAUGAUAAAACAGCUGCCUAAACAGGGAACCGGUCUGGAUGGAAUCUCAAGUCUCUAGCUAAAUCUCACCAGCUGAUUCAAGCCUGGAAAACGGUUAUCACU